AAAGGAAUCAUUUCUGUUGUGUGUAUCGAUCACCAGACACCAGCCAUGUACGCAGCCUACUUUAAUAACAAGUUCACCAAUGCACUUGUGUACUACGUGUUCUUGUUACUUUUGCUUCUCAUUGCACCUUUUCUUUUCAUUUGGGAACUCAUCACCACCCUCCGAUCAUGUUUCCGACCUAUCGAAAACAUGUCUGGAAAAGUGGUUUUGAUCACCGGUGCUUCUUCGGGACUCGGAGAGCUCAUGGGUUACGAAUAUGCAAAAAGAGGUGCAUGUUUAGUUAUUGUCGCGAUAAAAGAACCAGAGAGUCAACUCGAGCAAGUAGCAAAUAAAGCCCGUGAACUCGGCUCUCCAGAUGUUCUUUACGUGUUUGCCGAUGUGUCGAAGGUUGAUGAGUGUAGGAUGUUCGUGGAUGAGACCAUUGGACGUUUUGGUAGAUUAGAUCAUCUUAUUUGUAAUGCUGGAAUCGGGUCUAUUUAUUCGAUUAACACCAAGAUCACCAAAUUCGCACCUGUCAUGGACAUUAACUUCUGGGGAUCGGUUUAUCCAACUCAUUUUGCAAUACCACACCUCAUGAAAACCCGUGGAAAGAUUGUGGUGAACGCCUCAUCUGCGGGAGUGUUGCACCCACCAAAAGGCGGCUUCUACAAUGUUAGUAAAUCGGCGCUGAUCAGCUUCUAUGAGUCCCUUAGAUUCCAAGUGUCUCCAACAAUAACAAUAACAAUUAUGACACUUGGUUACACAGAAACAAAUCUCAUAACAGCAAAGAAUUUAACUAAUGGUGUUGGUAUUCGUCUACAAAAGGAUUUCAGAACCAUGCUCCCAACAAUGGGGGGCGGAGCCAUGUGCAAUAGCCAUUGUCAAUGGAGUAUGCAAAGGUGCAACAUACAUGUUGUAAAAUAUGACGGAUCCAAAUUGACUUAAAUAAUAUUAGCUCAAUGCGGAAUGGGAUCAAAAAUUAUCAAAGCGUAAUAAUCACAACGUAAUACGAAUAAAAUAAAUAGAAUAGAGACACAGGAAUUUACGUGGAAACCCAAAUCGGGAAAAAACCACGGGCGGAGGAAGCCGAGAAACGAUUCACUAUAAUUUGCAGUGUUUACAGGGAUUAUGAAAGAGAUUACAAAUAGAGUGGGAGAGCUAAAAUAUACGGUGGUGUAUAAGUAUAUAUAUUUAAUGCUUUUCUAUAUAUACUUUGAUUUUGGUUCGUGUGUUUAUGAUGAAAAUGGCUUAGGCUAUUUAUAGCCAAAGGGAAUGUA